AUGUGCUUCGGCAGGAAACACUCAGCCGAUAACGACGGCGAGAACUUCGCACCGCGCCCUGUCGGUAACCCUAACUACCAGUCGGGAGGAUACGACACCAAGCCGAUUUACCAUUAUCCUCAGCAUCAAGUACCGCUUCAACCGACCACAGCUCAUUAUGCUCCCCCGGCUGGUCCUCCUCCCUCGUGGGUCCCGAACCCUAUCCAGCCUGUCGGUUACUCAGGCACUGGUCAUAGCUGGAUCGGGCCGCCUGCGGGACCUCCGCCGGAGGAGAAGCCUAAGGAGCCUUGGGAAAUUAUCCCCGACUCCUCGCUGCUCCCUCCCCCUCCCAACAUCUUCAGCGCCUAUGAUCGCUCGCCAGCAAACAAUGCCUCUGAAGAUGAAUACGAGGCCGGCAAGGCCUGGUGUCUUGCUUACCCGCUUCUGCCGCCCCUCCGCGACAUCGAUCCGUACAUGUCGGCCGCGCUUAAGGUAUAUGAUCUCAACUUGCUGCAACCUCCUAUCCCCGGCUGGCCUGGUGUGCUCGAGAGGAUCGACCGGGGCGUCUGGCAAGUGAAGUGUAGGAAUAUCAGGGAUUCGACUCUAAUCGCCUACCCCCCCCUCUACACCACUACCCUACACGCCCCCCUGACCCCCUCCAACCCCCGCCCUACCCAUACAAUCUACUACGAAGUCGCCCUUACCAAACCUCCCACUUCAUUAGACACCGUCAUCGCCCUCGGCUUCGCCGCCCUCCCCUACCCCUCCUUCCGCCUACCCGGCUGGCACCGCGGCAGUCUCGCCAUCCACUCUGACGACGGCCACCGCUACAUAAACGACGCCUGGGGCGGGAAGGAAUUCACCUCGCCCUUCUUCACCAUGUCCUCUCGUCCUGGCGAGCGCUGCGGGAUUGGCAUGACGUUUUCAAGACCGCAAGGCAAAGGGACGCAGAUUGAGGUCGAUGUGUUUUUCACCAAGGACGGGAAGAAGGUGGGCGGGUGGGAUGUGAACGAGGAGUCGGAUGCCAAGACGGAUCUGGGGGUUGAGGGUUUGCAAGGGCAUCAUGAUUUGUAUUGUGCGGUGGGGGUUUGUGGGGGGGUUGAGUUUCAGAUCGUGAUGGAGCCGGGGAAGUGGUUGUUUACGCCGGGGGAUUUUAUAGCUGAGAAGGGUUCUGAGGAGGUGUGA